AUGUUUUAUAGCUUUGUUGAUCGACUGGAGCAGAUCACCGCCAACAACUACAUCCCCACAACUGCAGAUAUUUUCCGUACCCACUCUCCCACCUAUGGCAUUGCAGAGCUGACCAUUCCAAUGAACUCUGUCACAUUUAGGAAAUUGGUUGAUGUCACCUGCUGGCAGCCAAGAGGACAAAGGAAGAAAUGGAUCCAUCACUUUGAAAAUGUGACAACUGUCAUAUUUGUAGCUUCUCUCAGCGAGUACGAUGAGUUUCUGGAGGAGAAUAACAAGAACCGCAUGGAGGAGAGUUUGUCUCUGUUCAAUUCUGUCACCCACUCGCCAUGGUUUGCUCAAUCCUCCAUCCUUCUCCUACUGAACAAAAAAGACAUCCUAGCCAGGAAGAUUCAGUUCUCACAUUUACAAACGUUCUUUCCUGAAUUUGAAGGCAACAUUCAGAACACAGACGAUGCCAUGAAGUUCAUGCUAAAAUCAUAUGAACGCAACGCGACACCAGACCCAUGGAUUUACUCUCAAUUCAUCUGUGUAAAGGAUUUUACAGACACCAGAAUAAUCUUUGAAUGUGUAAAGGACAGUAUUGUCAGACAGACAAUAGCACAGUUUGAAUUGUCAUAA